GACAAGCACUGAAUUGUUCUAACCUCAUUUCCAACACCUGGCCCAUAGCCUUGCAUGGCUUGGAUAACACUUGCACAUUUAAAAAAAAUGUAAGGAUGAUGAUUGUGAUGUUGGUAACUGGAAAGCCUCCAUUGUUGGAGGACGAGAAGCCGUAUCUAAUUGAAGCAGCACGGGCUUUUGCGAUGACUGUGGAAACCACUGCUUAUGCCUUUCUUCAAGCAUUGUCAAGGAAUGAUAUUAACUAUGCAACACGGAUUGCGAGGUGGCUAACGAUGCAACAGAACUAUGGUGGUGGAUUUCACUCGACGCAGACAACAUCAGGUGAAGAUGUGCGUGAUUUCAGCAAGGUGCUGAAAAAUAAGUUCAGAUCAAAGAAAUACUUUGCCAAACAUCCUCACUUGGGUUAUUUACCAGGACAAACAGUUCUAGAAGGCGAGAACCUUGAGACUGGAUCUGUUGGAGUUGCACACAGCGCAACGCGUCUUUGAUCAACACAAAUUGACACAAACCGAGCAACUUCUGAAUGUGACUGAAGUAAUCAACUGUUUAACGUCCAUUUAUGAUGUUUUGGAACAAAACCACAAGGACUUGGUCAAUGUGCCACUCUGUGUCGACAUGUGUCUGAACUGGCUGCUGAACGUAUUUGAUACGCACUCAGACAUGAACUAAUGGAUAAGGAGGAGACAAUCAUAACUGCUUUGGAUUCAGCCCAUAGAAGGGCCAGAGGAGCUGUGUUGACACCUUCAUGUUUAAACAGAGGACACUUUUCUGCGUGCCACUAGAUGUAUAUCAGCCAUACCAAAAUGCUGCCUUUGCCUGAGACAGGGAAGAUCAACUGACUUUGGGGAAAUGGAGAAUCAUUCAUGAAUCCAGUUACUUUCUGAUCUGACAGCUUUGUGGCAUCUGAAUGGAUAACAAUUUGAUCUGGUAAUCUCAAUUGAUAGAGUGCAAAUGUGUAGUGAUGCAUUUUGGGAGCUCUGGUAAGUGAAAGAUGUUCA